AUGUCACCGGUGAUCUCACCAAUAGAAGACUUGACCUUCAAGUCUCGUUCGAGUAUCCACACUGGGGUGUUGUGGAAACUCACAAAUUCAACUCGCUUACCGUUCCAACAUGCCUUUGCUUGGAUUGUUCCAACGGUCGUUUCAAGAGAAACAGACAUCAAGUCUGGUUUAAGUUUGUACCUCUCUUCAGGAAGCUUUUUCAGCUGGAUAAGCAUUGUAAUAAUCGCGAUCAUCCCAUGUCCGCAUUGGUCGGUAUAUCCGCUUGGAUUCAUGAAUAGUGCGGCCGCAUCUCCUCCGGUCAUUGCCUCGAGAAUAAUUCCCCCAAACAUGUCCUACAAGACCGUUCAACUCCUUCUGGACCAGACAGACAAAACGAACAAAGACAAGAUCAUAGAGAACAUAUCGAAUGAAGUCGGAAGUCUGAUCGUGACUAACGGUAAGAGUGGAGGAAAAUACAUUGGUGCAGCCACAGGAUUGAACUUUGCUAGGUUGUUCCUGAAACAGAUCGACUUGCAAAACAAACUCAAGGAUGCUGAAACAUCGGAAUUGCAAAGGUUUGAUUCUGAUGUGUUAGAAUCGUGCGCUGCUUUACCAUCUAAGAAGAUUGCCACUUUUCUGUUGUCGAAAUACAUCGACUCUGUUCAAAUUUAUUUCCCACUUUACAGCAUUCCAUACCUACACACAUUGCUGGCUAACGUGUAUGCGCACCCAAACAAACUUUCUCACAAUGACAAGUAUACACUGUUCAUGAUCUUAGCAAUUGCGUCAAGCAAGCUAACAAACAGAGCUUCUAUCCACAAUCCGUUUAUUUCUGGGGAGUACUUCAACACAGCUUCUAGAUACCUGGAAAACAUUCUAUCAAAUCGAUCAGAGAAAUCUCUUCAAGCACUACUCUUGCUGAUCAUUUGGAAAAUGGAAUCUAAUGCCCUUGAAGAUGAUAAUGGCGAUCUAUGGCACCUGAGUCGAUUUUGUAUGUCGUUAGCAAUGGAGCUCGGUGUCCACAGGUUUCUUCCGGUUUGGAACUUUGGUGAAGCGCGCUCAGAGCUACGAAAUAGGCUGUUCUGGUGCACUUACAUAGUCGAUAGAACUGUUGCUAUGAAGUUUGGGAGAGGGCUUUCUUUACGAAAGCAGGCAAUCGAUACGCCACUGCCUAAACUCUCGGUAGACGACAGUACACCUGAAGUCUCUUCUUACCGGCAAAUUCAGUUUUUGCCGUGUAUCAUGUUAAUCAGGAUUUGUGAAAUAUGCGGAGACAUGUUGGAGAGUGUUUAUAUAUCACGCGCCAUUGGCGAAACACCACUCUUGAAAGAUGACAAAGUGCAGAAAACUAGAGAGGACCUUCAGAAGAAACUAGAUUCCUGGAUGGGACAAGUUGAAAACGAAAUACCGCAUCAUCUAACGUGUUAUCUAGAGCUGAAAGCCAGGUACAGUGUUGUUUCUGUGGUAUUAAACAGACCAUCUCCAUCGUUCCUGGUCCCGGAUGCGUCGACAAUAGCAUUGUGCAAGUCUCAUUGCAUUAGUUGCAUAAGUGCAUACAAAGAUUUGAUCAAUCGCGACUGGAAGGUGACUCCCACCUGUCUCCAUGAUACGUUAGCAACAGGUUUGACAAUGGUUUAUUGUUGCUGGCGGCUGGAUGAAAACUCGGAAGAGAUUCAGGCAUUUUCUGCGGAUAUAAAGACAGUCAUGCUCGAAGCAUGCAAGUACUACGAGAAGUACAUGAGGUUCAAGAAUCUGUACGAAGCAGUGUCAACGGGAAUAAUUGAAUUUCUGGAUUCAGAGCCUGUUACAAAGCAAAGACGGAUAAUGGAUACUCCUCAAAGUAAUCACCAUGAGCAGUUUGAGUGGAAUGAAUGGUUUUCUCAAGAAGUCUUCCAAAACGGAUUCAGACAAUUCUACGACCUUGAAAGUGAUAAAUUAUUUGAAUCUUUGUCUGAAUUCUUUCCGGACGGAUCCAGAAAAGAUCGAAUUGUGAUUUAG